AGGCGUUAUUCCAUCGCAAAAUGUCACAGGAGGCGUUUAUCGAGGCCGACGAGGCCGCCGAGGUCUUCAACCGCGACGAAGACCACCCGAUGGACUCGGAUGGCGAGCAGGAGCAAGAGCAGGAUGGAGACCAGAUGAUGUUCGAGGAGCAGGAGAUCACGCUGCAGAACGACUCGUCGGCACACUUUGACGCCCACACGGACUCGGUGUUUUGCAUCGCGCAGCACCCGGUGCACAACCAUAUCGUGCUGACGGGCUCCGGCGACGACACGGCGUACAUUCUCGACUCGACACCCUUGAACAACGACAGCAGCAGGCCGGUGCUCCCUGCCAGCUACGAGUCGAACCCGCAGCCGAAACAGGAACGGGCCUCGCUGCCCCCCCUGGCGAAACUGGACGGCCACACCGAUACAGUCAACGGGGUGGUCUUUACGGAGCCGCGGGGCGAGUACGCCGUGUCGGCGGGGCUGGACGGCCGCCUGCGCGUGUGGCGCGAUACCUCUGCACAGCUGAAUGGAACGGCGUGGGCGUUUGUUGCGGAGGCCCAGGAGGUGGAGGAGAUCAACUGGGUGGCGGCGUGUCCGUGUCCGCCGGGCCAGGAACAGGGGCAAAGCAAUGUGGUUGCCAUCGGGGCCAACGACGGUUCCGCCUGGGUGUUCCGCAUCGACCACACCGACACAGAGCAGCCCAUCUCCAUCAUCCAGAGUUUCUUCCAGCAUACGGCGUCGUGCACGGCAGGUGCCUGGACGCCCGACGGCAAACUGCUGGCCACCGUCUCCGAGGACGCGAGCUUCUACGUUUACGAUGUCUUUGGGGCUGCCGCUGCGGCGGGCGUCGCGUUGUCGGCGGGUACGAGCGCCGUCGUCGGCCUGACGGCUGACGAUCAGCGGUUCGCCGUCGAGGGUGGCCUGUACUCGGUGGCUAUCUCGCCGGGCGGGGCCAUUGCCGCCGUCGGUGGUGCAGAGGGUCACAUCCGGGUCGUUGGUCUGCCGCGUCUCGCUGCCCCGGCAGGUUCUGCUAAAUCGAAGGGCAAGGGCGGCGCCUCCACCACCACCACCACCACGGCUUCUGCGGCGGGGACCAUCCUCGCUUCUCUGCAAGCCCAGUCGGACGGGAUCGAGACGCUUUCCUUCUCCGCACCGCCGCUGACGCUGCUUGCGUCGGGGUCUGUGGACGGAUCCAUCGCUCUCUUCGACGCGGCUCAUCGGUUCGCCGUGAGAAGACACAUCAGGGAGGCCCACGAGGGCGCCGCCGUCGUCAAGGUCGAGUUUCUGCAGGCCCCCUCUGCCCCGGCUUCUGUCACUCCGGCGGGGGCUCCUGGCUCCUGGCUCCUCACCUCGGUUGGGCUUGACGGCGUCGUCCGACGCUGGGACGCGCGCGGAGGCACUGCCGCGGCGGCCCAGGGCCUGCUGAAGGAAUGGCGCGGCCAUGUCGGCCUCACCGAGACCGAGGAGGGCGAGCAGUCUGGUGGUAUUAUGGGCUUUGUACAGGCACGGAAUGGCAAGCGCGUCGUCACGGCCGGAGAUGAUGGAGUGGUCCUCGUUUUUGAAGAGUAGCAUAAUAGAAAAUAUAGACUAUCC